AGAGUGGCUGCGUCAACCGUCAGAAGAAUUCCCCUCCUUGACCGCCACAAUCAUCACCUCUCGCUCAACCGACCCUCCGACCCCGACCUCAGGAUCCUAUUCAUCCAUCCAGGUACCCGCGCCAUCCGACAAGCAAUUACGCAGUGUGUUGAGCCUACGCAAGCUGCAGGUUCCACCUCGAUUCUGGAUCUCGAGGCCCGAGUUGAGAUCCGCAGCACUCCGCGCGUAAAUCGACUUCAUUCAUGCGUUACGUUGCGGUUUAAUUCUGUUAUUCCUUCUUCCUUCUUCCUUCUUCCUUCUUCCUUAUUAUCUUUUCUCAUUAUUGUCCCCCGAUAUCGCCGCCUUCAUGGCAUUGCGGCACAAUCUGGAGUCAAGUUCCUGUUGAUUGCAACAAUGUAUCUUCCCUUGGACGCCCGCGAUGGGCGGCUGGCAGUGCGUGAUGGUAGCCAAUCCACAAAUGCUCCUAUGGGUAUCGGGCUUCUUCCUGGGGAAUAUCUGAAAGGGCUGUGGUGGAAAUGGAAUCCAGGGACGAAGAAUGUUACUAACCAUACAACGGCGACAACGCAACAGCAAAAUCUAUCCGUAAAUGCCAAUAUCAAUAGUACCACCUCACAAACUGGAAGCACUGGAAAUCCCCCGCAGCGAGGACACUCUAUACGAUCUAUCAUCACGCUACCAUCCUAUAGCCGCCUUCCUAAGGAGGAAGAGCAGGUAAUCGGCCGUGAGGGAGAGCGAGGUGAUAUAGACACGGUGAUUGAGUUUCCCGAGACGGCCGAAGAGGAGGAAGACCGACGGGAGGAUGAAAUGGAGUCAUUAUACCAAAUCCGACUUCGACGUCGUGAGGAGGUUGCUGAACGUGAAGAGCGACGGCGCCAGCGUCGCGAAGCUCUUGCUGCCAACGACUUUGCUCGCUUGCAACAAAUCACUCGGGACACUGUAUCCUCCCGCGAAGCAAACCUCAACGCUGGAACGUCUGCCAGAUCCAUGCUGGCAGAGCACCAGUCUCGUGACCGUCACCGUCGGAUUUCAUCGGUUAGCUAUGCGGAAGUGGGACAUGUGCGACAUGAUGGCUCUCGCAUUCGCGCCAAUUCGGCCGAAUCCGACCAGCGGCCAUUGCUGGGGGAUGCGCGCAACUCGACACACUCAAUUAAUACUACCGAUACUUCUGGAUCGGGGUUGACCGUAACGCAGGUUGAUAGUCUCAACUCUAGCGUUGAGAGUCAGUCUGAAGAUGCCGAUGGAGACCUUAGCACGGUCCAUAUUCCUCCUCCCAGCUAUGACGAUUAUUCAGAUUGGGCCGAAGCGCCUGCUUACGAAAGCCCUAUUGCUAGUCGCGGUGAACACCCGAUGCGUCUGCUCCCCCAGAUUCGCGUCGACACUGGAACGCCUUCCAACAGCACUCCUGCGACCCCAGCCACAAGUACACCUGUCAAUCACCCACAUAAUCCCCAGCCAGGCAUUACUAUAGCCCGUCCCGACGCUUGAUCUCACAAAUUGCGAGUCACCGUGAGAUAUUUAUUUCAAGUUUGACCUUUCGCGCGAAUCUUUCAAGUCUCUCACAUGAGAAUGAUACGAUUUCAUUACGACCGAACGACCUUUUGUUACACUCUUCUAAUUUUCAUUCCCUUUCUGCCGUGAAGCAUGGCGUUGGAAGGAAAGUUGUACAGUUAAUUUUGAUCAUCUUGCCGAACUUUGGAUUGGGUGGUCAUGAUGAUAUCCACGAAGACACGCUGUCCGGAACUCAUCAUAGUUUGAUUCCGUUGCUCUUUUUUGUUGAAAUUUUUGGACAUGCAGCAGCGUGAGUAUAGUAUAGUAUAGUAUAAAGCAGGCGUUGGUGCUGUUUUUGAUUCCGAUGUCCGUUCUAGAAUUAGGAAUGGUUGAUUCAGUAGCUGAGAAUUGAGCAACGAAGUUUUGUCUAGUUCAGAGUAAUUACAGUUCCAUACAAGACAGGACAGGAAGCAACCGAU